AUGUCGAGCGAUGAUAAAAAUAAAUCUAGUGAACCCAAGAAUGAGCCCAAGAACUGUGAUCCCAGGUGUGAACAAAAGUGUGAAGCCAAAUGCCAGCCCAGCUGUUUAAAGAAGCUGCUGCAACGGUGCUCUGAAAAGUGCCCACGGGAAAAGUGCCCAACACCACCAAAGUGUCCACCGUGUCCAUCACUGUGCCCCCCACCGUGCCCUCCUCCAUGCCCAGCUCCCUGUCCCCCCAAGCCGUGUUCCAAGCCCUGUCCUCCUAAAUGCCCACCUCCCUGACCACCCCCAGAGUGA